UUUUUGUCUGGCUAGCGUGGUCGCAGAAGGGAGCUCUGGAGGGGCGCUGCGAUGGCCGAGCGGGCGACCCUCGGGGUGACAGGCGGCAGCUCGGGGAGGAGGCAGUGCCUGGGCCGCGUGCGUCCAGGGUGGUACCCGAGAUGGAGGGAGGCGCGAGGCCGGGAGGACCGGGGAGCCGGAGGGUGUUUUUGAUUCAUUCGAGAAUCGCGCUCUUUAAAACGGGGAAACUUUCCUUAGAGUUCCAGGAGGGGGAACCGACUAUUAGGAUGGUUUCUCUGGUCUUGCUGCUCUGUUUGCGGCCGGAGACUGAAGCGCUUUGAGGACUGCUUUCCACCGCUAGAGUAUUGUCAAGGCACAGAGUGGGAGGCCGCCUGGCUGCUGGGACCAGGACCCGGGGGGAUGGUUUGGGAGUCCAGGGUAGCUCCCGCGUGUGCAGCAGCGGGGCUCCAGAGGGAACGAGAUGAUGCCCUUUUCUCGAGCCCCGGCUGAGCCCUGUGAAACGCGUGCUGUGAGCACGUUCUUAACCUUUGCUGGUAUCUGGGGACACACACACUUAGAACAUAGAAUCCUUUGCUGAGCAUGGAGGCGGCCGGGCAUUCUCAGCGGAGAGCGCCAGCUCACGGUGUGUGCAUUUCUCUCAGGAAGCCAUUCUGUGACCCACCUCUGAAUCCCACAAGACCACUCCAGAGAGCCGGGCGCAAGAUGAACCAGCACCCUGCCGGCUCAAGAUGCACCAGACCCUCCGCCUGAACCCCGAGAGCCCGAAAAUGUCCGCGUGCAGUGACUUUGUGGAGCACAUCUGGAAACCCGGGUCCUGCAAGAACUGCUUCUGCCUGCGGAGUGACCACCAGCUGGUGGCCGGCCCUCCCCAGCCCAGAGCCGGCAGCUUGCCCCCUCCACCGCGCCAGCCUCCCAGGCCUGAGAGCGGCCGCCUGGAAGAUGAAGGUGUGAACAGCUCACCCUAUUCCAAGCCCACAAUUGCCGUGAAACCCACCAUGAUGAGCUCCGAGGCCUCUGAUGUGUGGACAGAGGCCAGCCUGAGUGCUGAGGUGUCACAGGUCAUCUGGAGACGAGCCCCUGGCAAGGUCCCCCUCUCGAAGCAGGAAGAUGCCCACGUUGUCUACCUGGGCAGCUUCCGAAGUGUACAGAAGCCUGCUGGUCCCUCUGCCUCCCCCGAUGGCAAUGCUUGCUGUCCCCCAGCUUACACCAUGGUCGGCCUGCACAACCUCGAGCCCCAUGGCGAGAAGAACGUUGCCUUCCACCCAGUGAGCUUCCCAGAUGAGAAGGUUGGACACAAAGAAAAACCCUCAUUUUCCUACCAAGACCGGCCCCCUGCCCAGGAAAGUUUCCGCCAGAAAUUGGCUGCCUUUUCUGGGACCACAUCUAGCUGCCACCAGAGCCCCGGGCCCCUGCGGGAAUCCCUGCCCUCGGAAGAUGACAGUGAUCAAAGGUGCUCACCCUCCGGGGACAGCGAAGGCGGAGAGUACUGCUCCAUCCUGGACUGCUGCCCUGGGAGUCCUGUUGCCAAGGCUGCCUCUCAGGCUGCAGGCUCCCGGGGCAGGCAUGGUGACAGAGACUGCUCACCCACAUGCUGGGAGCGGGGAAAGUGCGCGGGGCCCUCAGAGCAGGAGAAGCAGGGCCUUAGCUUGCCCAGGGAGUGCUGUAGCCAGGGCCCCACUGCCCACUCAUCCCGCCUGGGCCCCAAGAAACCAUCCCUCACCUCAGAGACUGCCAAUUCUUCUGACGGCCUCUCUUGUGGCAGCAGCAGUGGCGCCAGUAGCCCCUUCAUCCCCCACCUCGAGAGUGAGUACUGCUCCCUCAUGAAGGAACCUGCCCCAGGGAAGCAGCAGGACCCUGGCUGCCUGGGGGUGGCCUCUAGCAGAUGUCUUGGGCCGAUGGGGGAGUCCCAGCCACCAGCCCACCCCAGGGAGGCUACACAGCCUGAACCCAUCUAUGCUGAGAGCACCAAGAGGAAGAAGCCAACUCCAGUACCUUCCAAGCCACAGGCCAAGAAAGAACUUGCAGCAGCUGCCCAGGGCCAAGGCCAGGGUCAAGGCCAGGGCCAGGUAUGGACGGGUAAUGCCUGGGCCCAGAAAACAGCAUCUGGUUGGGGCCAGGACAGCCCAGACCCAGCUCCCCAGGUGGCAGCCACCAUUACAGUCAUGGCGGCCCACCCGGAAGAGGACCAUCGGACCAUCUACCUGAGCAGCCCUGACUCUGCAGUGGGAGUGCAGUGGCCACGGGGGCCUGUGAGCCAGGACUCCGAGGUGGGUGAAGAGGAGACUUCAGCUGGGCCGGGGCUGAACUCCAGGGAAAGCCAUGCUCACAGCACCAGCGAGAGCAAGCCCAAGGGGAGGCCCGCCAUUCCCCCCAAGUUGUCCAAGAAUAGUCCUGGAGGGUCCCCGGUGUCCCCAUCUGCUUCCCCGCUGGCUGACCUCAGUGACGGGAGCCCUAGCGGCAGUGGCAUUGGGCCUCAGCCUCCAUCCCGAGGCCCUGCAGAACCUGCUCCUCCCUGCAGGACCAAUGGUGUCACUAUCAGUGACCCAUCCAGGUGUCCCCAUCCUGCAGCCUCCUCAGCCUUGGAACAGAGGCGGCCCAGGUUCCAGGCAGGCACCUGGAGUCGUCAGUGCCGGAUAGAGGAAGAGGAGGAGGUGGAGCAGGAGUUGCUGAGUCACAGCUGGGGAAGAGAGACCAAAAAUGGCCCCACGGACCGUUCAAACACCACAACUUGGCACCGUUUCUGCCCCACAGAUGGUUCCUCUGUGCAGAACAGCAAAGUUGGGACCGGGAUGAGCAAAUCAGCCUCUUUUGCCUUUGAGUUCCCCAAGGACAGAAGUGGGAUUGAGACAUUCUCACCUCCUCCUCCGCCUCCAAAGUCGAGGCACCUUUUAAAAAUGAACAAGAGCAGCUCUGAUUUGGAAAAAGUGAGCCAGGGCUCUGCAGAGAGCCUCAGUCCAUCCUUCAGGGGUGUCCACGUCAGCUUCACCACCGGCUCCACAGACAGCUUGGCCUCAGACUCCAGGACCUGCAGCGAUGGAGGUCCUUCGGCUGAGCUGGCUCACUCACCCACCAACAGCGGGAAGAAGCUCUUUGCUCCUGUUCCGUUUCCUUCAGGCUCCACUGAGGAUGUGUCCUCCAGUGGCCCCCUGCAGCCCCCUCCGCUCCCCCAGAAAAAGAUAGUGAGCCGGGCAGCCUCUUCACCGGAUGGCUUCUUCUGGACCCAAGGCUCCCCGAAGCCCCGAACAGCAAGCCCCAAGCUGAAUCUAAGCCACUCAGAAACCAACGUCCACGAUGAGUCUCACUUUAGCUAUUCAUUGAGCUCCGGAAACCGCCACCAUCCUGUCUUCUCCUCUUCUGAGCCUCUCGAGAAAGCUUUCAAAGGCAAUGGCCACUGGGUUCCAGCAGCAGGGCUGUUGGGCAGCAGAAGCGGCCGCGGGAGCCCUGGCCUCCAAUGCAAAGGGGCCCCCUCCGCCUCUUCCUCCCAGCUGAGUGUGUCCAGUCAAGCCUCCACCGGUAGCACCCAGCUUCAGCUGCACGGUCUCCUGAGCAGCAUCAGCAGCAAGGAGGGCACCUAUGCCAAGCUGGGGGGACUCUACACCCAGUCCCUGGCCCGCCUCGUAGCCAAAUGUGAGGACCUCUUCAUGGGCGGCCAGAAAAAGGAGCUCCACUUCAAUGAGAAUAACUGGUCACUCUUCAAGCUGACUUGUAACAAGCCCUGCUGUGACUCGGGGGAUGCCAUUUAUUACUGUGCCACCUGCUCCGAGGACCCCGGCAGCACCUAUGCUGUGAAAAUCUGCAAAACCCCUGAGCCCAAAACCGUCUCCUACUGCAGCCCGUCCGUGCCUGUGCACUUUAACAUCCAGCAGGACUGCGGCCACUUCGUCGCCUCGGUGCCCUCCAGCAUGCUCACCUCCCACGACGCGCCCAAGGACCCUGUGCCGGCCCUGCCCUCACACCCGCCUGCGCAGGAGCAGGACUGCGUGGUGGUCAUCACCCGAGAGGUGCCGCAUCAGACCGCCUCCGACUUCGUGCGGCACUCGGCGGCCAGCCACCAGGCGGAGCCCGAGGCGUACGAACGGCGCGUGUGCUUCCUGCUCCUGCAGCUCUGCAACGGGCUGGAGCACCUAAAGGAGCACGGGAUCAUCCACCGGGACCUGUGCCUGGAGAACCUGCUGCUGGUGCACUGCACACCCCCGGCUGCCCCUGCCCCCGCCGCCGCCCCCCCUCCCGCCGCCGCCCCUCCGUGCUCCUCUGGCGCCCUCCCCGCCAGUGGCUCUCCCAGCCCCGCAGCCGGCCCCGCCUGCCCGGGAAGGCCCGGGGAGAAGCAGCUGCCCCGGCUCAUCAUCAGCAACUUUUUGAAGGCCAAGCAGAAGCCUGGGGGCACCCCAAACCUGCAGCAGAAGAAGAGCCAGGCCCGGCUGGCCCCCGAGAUCGUGUCUGCCUCCCAGUACCGCAAGUUCGAUGAGUUCCAGACCGGCAUCCUCAUCUACGAGCUGCUGCACCAGCCCAACCCGUUCGAGGUGCGCGCCCAGCUGCGGGAGCGGGACUACCGGCAGGAGGACCUGCCGCCGCUGCCCGCGCUGUCCCUCUACUCCCCGGGCCUGCAGCAGCUGGCACACCUGCUGCUGGAGGCCGACCCCAUCAAGCGCAUCCGCAUAGGCGAGGCCAAGCGCGUGCUGCAGUGCCUGCUGUGGGGGCCCCGUCGCGAGCUGGUGCAGCAGCCGGGCACCUCGGAGGAGGCGCUGUGCGGCACGCUGCACAACUGGAUCGACAUGAAGCGAGCCCUGAUGAUGAUGAAGUUUGCGGAGAAGGCGGUGGAUCGCAGGCGGGGCGUGGAGCUGGAGGACUGGCUUUGCUGCCAGUACCUGGCAUCUGCGGAGCCGGGGGCCCUCUUACAGUCGCUGAAGCUCCUGCAGCUUUUGUGAGCCAAGCCUUAGCCUGCACUGUCUUCUGCCCCUUCCCUAACUAACCCUUUCCUGUCUUGCCUUGGGAGCACCUUUGUCUCCCUGGGAAAUGGUACAGAUGACUGGUACACCUGGAUGUAAAAAAUAUAUGUAUAUAUAUAUAUAAUACAUAUAUAAAUAUGAAAGACUAAGGAUGCUGUUGUCCCUCCACGCGGAUCUCCUCUCUGCAUCAGGUCCUCCCUGUUUUCUGCUUUAAUUAUAUGCAUUUCUAGCUCCAUGCAAACUCAUGAGGGCAUUCAGUGAACAGAAUGCGGCCUAGACACUGGUCUCACUACCUUGUUAAAGGAUUUCUUCACCCUUUUGUCAAAUUGUUAUUAAAAAAAAGAAGAAGAAGAAAACUCCAUUAAAAAUUUUUUUGGUUGUUGAGUCACAAGCAAAGCUCUUUAUCCUUAAGUGCCAGAGUGCGUUAAUACGUUUGGUGGGUAAAACAGACCUGUCUUUGGUCUUAGACUUUUCAGGAGAUAGAGCAGCAGUCUGCAAAGGACCAGGCAGGUGGGUACAAAUUAAUCUUCGCUGCUUCUCUUCCCACCUGGCAGCCUCCUGGAAAGAAACCAGACACAGUCGCUGUGAUCCCAGUGGUUUGGAAUUCAACCCCACUGCUCCAAAGUCAUUUCCAGUUUGCUAAAGCUGGUUAUCAUUCAGAUACCUGCCUAAAAAGAGAAUCCACACCAGAUGGUUCCGAUGAAAAGACCUUAAGGGGACCAAUAGACUUAGCUAGGUGUGGUCAGGGUUAUGAGAACAAAGGGUGACAAGGCCAAAAGCAAGGGCCAGAACAGCAGGACAGGGGAACUUAACAGGAGGUAUUUGCCCUGAGAUCUCUACAGCCAGAGAUGGUUGUCUCUGUUUCCCGCCUGUCAUCUCCAACCUAAUGGGAUGCUAGACAGCAAAGGACCUUGGGUGACACAGUCUGAAGGAUCAGCCUCCUGGGACAGGGAGGAGGUGGAGAGUGCAUGGGGCACUAGGUGGCAAACAGCCCACUUGUUCCUACUGUAGUAGAUGAUGGCAGUGCAAGAAUAGACUAGAACUCAGGUGUUUCAACUCCCAGGCCAGUAUUCCCUCUGCUGUUCGGACCUCCAAGUAUCCUUUUCUAAAACCUCAUUUAACACAUCUAUUGGCACCUACUACUUACCGUAGUCAAUAUUUGUUCCCAUGCCUUUAAAAACACAAAGAAAAUUAGGCAUCAGAUCUUUCCUCCUCAAAACUAGACACACACACACACACACACACACACACAUGUUGAAAAUUACCUAUUUGAAGAGAAAUAGCCCCAAGACUCUUGUGUUUUUACCUAAUGGGUAAUCUUCCAACUAGAGAUCUAAUUAAUUUCUAAAACCUUGGUAAUAACUCUGGACAAAUUAAAACAAAUACAAAGAUCUGAAUGGAUGUUUUAGAAACCUGGGAUGCACUUAGGAAGAAGGAUAGAGAACUCUCCCAGGUCCUCUUCUGCAUAUUAAUUUCAAUCCUUUUCGAGUUCCACCUUCCAGCCCCUGACUACAUGUAAACACACUCAUAUUUCCUUGCAUCAGUGAUGAACACAGCGCCUGGGGCACAUUUGUAAUUUCAAUUGUUUCCUGAGCAUUGAGGAAAUAAGUGAACUAAAACCAGCUCCCAACCCAUUUGUACAAGAGAAAGAGAGCCUGCGAAAGUGGAAAUAAUAUUUCUCCCUAGGACCUAUCUGUUUCAGGGAGCGUUGUCUGUUUUCUUUGUUCCUCAGAAUUUGCCAGGCAAACCUUACACCCUCAAUUUGCUGUCUUUUGCUUUUUUUUUAAAUCCACUUCAAGUAAAUAAACAAUGGAGAGGGAGGAGCAAAUAUUCUACCAGGGGAAUUCAGUGCCAUUAGAAAAUAAGGCUGGGCGUGGUGGCUUAUACCUAUAAUCCCAGCACUUUGAGAGGCCAAGGUGGGUGGAUCACCUGAGAUCAGGAGUUCGAGACCAGCUUGGCCAACACAGAGAACCCCUGUCUCUACUAAAAAUACAAAAAUUAGCUGGGUCUCAUGGCACAUGGCUGUAAUCCCAGCUCCUCAGGAGGCUGAGGCACAAGAAUGACUUGAACCUGGAGGUGGAGGUUGCAGUCAGUCAAGAUCGUACCACUGCACUCCAGCCUGGGUGGCAGAGUUAGUCUGCCAGGAAAAAAAAAAAAAAAGAGAGAGAGAGAGAGAAAGAAAGCAAGAAAGAAAAUAAAUGUCUUAGGAGCCAUAUUUUUAAUUCCUGAAUUAAUUGCAACUUUUUUAUAUGCCAUCCACUUCAGAAAAAAAUGAGGUUGUAAAAGCAGUUUUAAGAACCAACAUGAACCAAAAAGUAGAGGAUAAAGAAGAAAGAGUAGCAAUAAAUUCUGAUUGAGAGGAACAAGAGCAAUUAAACAUAAAACUUACUUCUGAGCUGCCCACCAACCUAGAAAAAGAAAACUGGUUGCAGAAUUAUUUUUUGUGUGCAAUUUUAGGAAGGAGUUCAUCAGAAGGAAUAAAUCUUUGUUGGUCAAGAAUUUUUUUGUUUGAAGACAUGGAAUAAUGCAAUAGCAGUUUUAAAAAGGAAAAAAGAAAAAAGCAUUUUCUGAAGAUAGGUGUCAAGAGCAAUGCCAGGUUAAAAAUAACCAGGUCCACACAUGCUUGUGUCUUUCCACAAUGUCAGGUUUUUGUUGAUGCUAACUCAGUCACAAAAUCCAGGAGCUACAUGGAAUUUCCACGGAGGCAAAUCUUCUCAUACCUUCCAUUCUCUUGGUAGAGCUGCAGGCACACAGGCUCAAGCCACUCCUCAGGUCAGUCAGUACGGCAAGCCAGACGUAAUAGUAUACUUAAUCAAUGCAUACGUGUUACAGAUUAAACAUUCCACAACAAAGUGACAGUGAACAGCAAGAGGAGAAAGAGACUGGAGAAAGGGUUAAGGAACCAGUCCAGGGGGCAUGGGUCGGUCUUGUGAGGAAAAUGUUGGAGGUGGCAGAAGCAGAUGCCAAGUUCUUAUCAUGAGUGACUGCAAGACAAUGUAGUUAAGACAGCCAUUUCGAGCUGCUUAAGGCCUGACCUUUUAAAGUCACAGAGUCCUCUGAUAAGAACUGAUCAUGGAAAUGUGCUUGUUCGUGUCUUUUUCUGGUUGGAUGCAGUCUUUAUCUUUUUUUUCUGUUGUUGUCACUAUUUAUUAAACAAAACAUCUUAUCCUUGUUGGCAAAGCGCCCUGUGAAACAUAAAAUGGAGUCUUAGUCUAAGAUGGAGUGAGUUAUGUCAAGGGUGCUCUAUACAAUAGGGUUUUUUUUUUUUUUUUUUUUUUUUUUUUAGUCUCCACCACUGGUGAAAUUUAAAUAUGGAAUGUAAAACCUAGUUUCCUCAAAUUAUCUGGAAAUGAUUACCACCCAUUCCUCUCCAUGGAUUGUCCUUUUCCAUAAAUGAUUAGUCACAUGGCUAUAAAUAACUAGGUUUAACAAACAAGUUCAGUCGCACUAAAUUCAGAGGUUCAGUAUAAUUGUUGUUAUUGUCGUUACUUCAGAAUACACCUAGGCUGCACGGCUUUAUCUCACAGAAGAUUCUAGCAUAAAAUCCAUUAUGCCCAGAAACAAUCGUUGUUCUGCAGGACUGAGAUUUGGAAAUAAGCAGGGACGAGGAGAGUUGUACGGCAUCUGGCAAUUUAAUAUUCCUGUUAUCAGUGAGUUCAUCUUCCGUUUUCCUUGGCUCUAAACCCAACUACUGGUAUUUAAAUCUUCAGUUUUUCUUCUCUCCCACUCUGAGUCAAGUCGCCCCCAUAACCUUUUCCACAUAUGUAAUUUUUGUUGUUUGUAAGCCAUUCUCAUUUUUAUGCCAAGAUGUGGAAUCGUUUCUCUUCUAUUUUUUUUUAAUGUAGACAUUAUAAAGCCUCAUAACUAAAUAGUUAUAUCCUUGCCAGAAGCCAGAUAAAUGUUUUAGGGAUUAUUUAUUUACAUAUGGCUCAGAUCUGAAAGGACUGGGUUCUGGGGAGCUGUAGUUACCACUUUAUAUUACACUUCAUGGUUUCCAAGAGCUUAGGGCUGGAAAAACUCUUUUGAGAUGUACGCAUGUACACAAAAUAAGUAUAAAGAUUUUGAAAAAAGAAGACACGUGUUACUUUAGUGAGUUCUAAAUUUGCUCCUAAAAUACACACAGUCAGUAAAUGAGGCAGCCCUUUUCUGCUCUGCUGAAUAUCUGAAAAUCUUUGGAGCUCUAAGGAUAAGUUUACCAAAUCUGACUACAAGCAGUAGAUUUGUAACAUAAAACCAACUUGUCAUUUUUAAGAGAGGAUAAUAUGAAUGGAAUUUAUUUAUUGGAGAUCAAAGUUUAACCCAGCUGAUGUCAUUGUUGGAAAAAAUUUUAAGGCAAGAAUAAAAUGGUUGGAGCAAGUA